UUGAACGCCACAACCAACGUCGUGCGCUGGCACCCAACGAUCAAGUUUCCCACAUUUUUCCAGCAUCUUGUUACUUUUUUUGCCGUUUGCUUUGAGAGUGUGAUCUGAAUUUUUUUUCAUUUGUUUUUUUUUUUUUUUGCUUGCCACAGUCUGGCAUUUAGCAAGUGUAACUGUGCGCAAAAAGUAAUUAAAACGAGAAACUAGUGAAGCAGCCGCCUAAUUGAAAGAAAUACAAUCUAUAAGAUACGUACUGAUACACAUAUACAUAAACGUUCACAUCUAGAUCUACUCGGCGCUGCGUGUACUCGAAGUGUUUGUGUGAAAAAUUAAUAUUUAAAUGUGCAUUGUCUGAAGGCAAAUACGAGCAAAACAACUUUGGGAACAAUGAGAUUAGCAUUGAUAUUGUGUACGCUUUGCGUGGGACUGUGCUUGUCCAGUGCUCUAGGCCAUCCAGAGACGCCAACGAAAUCUUCAGCCAGCGGCUAUCCGAAGAAGGUAACUACGCUGAAGAAGCGACCGACCAAGACACCCGGCACCUCAGCGUUGUCCUCUUCAUCCACAACGGCCACAACGAAACCGAGCAAGCCACGCGUUAAGAUCGCCUCCAAGUCAACGGCAACGACCAAGACACCUUCGCUGGCUGCCAGCUUUGGAAAUUUGCCCGCAGAUGAUUUAGAGUUCAUCAAGGAGCUGGACAAACAGUUCAAGCUACACGGCAACAAGAUCAAGAUCAAAGUGGAGCGUGAGAAUUCAACCAGCAGCAGUGGAGGUGGCAAGAACAACAAGCGCACCAUUGACGGCGAGCUGGGCUAUGGAUAUGCUCAACAGGGAUACGACUAUACGCCGCCCAAGUUUAUGUUCUAUCCGUACUCACAGCAUGAUAUACCUGCGACGGAAUCACCUGAUGUUUAUACUGGCUACUCGUCCGCGGACUACGAACAGCCCGGCGCAACGCAGGCCCAGCAGCAGCCCAUCCAGCAUCAGCAGGUGACCAGCGUGACCAUUGAGCCCUCCUACUCAUAUGAGCUGAAGCCACAGACCAGUUAUGAAACACACCAGCCGGGCGCUGAGCAGCCGCAGAUUGACUUGCCACAGCCGCAACAUGAGACAAAUGCGGCGGGAGGCGAUGCCGCUGGCUACCAAGAGCCCGUAAUUGUGCUGCGUAUACCCGGCCCGGCCAAAUAUGCGGCGCAUCUGCAAGCGCUGCUGCAGCAAUACCUGGAGAUACGUGCCGCCCAGUAUCUGCAGCUGCUGCAGGAGGCAGAGCAGCGCAAACAGCAUCAGGCCGAGGAGCUGGCACCACAGCCCUAUGCCACGCCCGAGGAGCACGAGCAGGCUCACUAUCAUCCAGAUGUCAACUAUGCCCACCAGGUGGCAGCAACACCACCGCCCAUACAAUACGCACCCAUCGAUGAUGUCUACCAAAGCUACAAAGGACGCCAUCAACAGGUAGCCCAGGCACCGCAGUACGAGCAGCCCGCUCCAGAGAGCUACUAUGCGCCCACCGCCUACCAACAGCAGCCACAAUACUACUACGCCCAGCCUCAGCAGCAGGCGCAGUACGAGAACAGCUACCAGCCACAGCUGUAUCUGAUUGCCAUGGCACCGCAGACGCAAUACGCUGAGCCCUCGGAUACUGCGCAUCAUCAGCACCAGCACCAGCAGCAACAGCAGCAUCAGCAACAGCAGCCCAUUUAUGUGCCCGAACAGGAUCCACCUACGGCUCCGGAAGCAGAGCCAAAUGGCCACGAUCAUGAACUGCCCAUCACCGAGAACAACCCACGACCCACACACACUAAGGUCAUCUUUAAUUCGCAGAGCAGCGGCUCCGACUACGCAUCGCGCAUGUAUACGCUGCCCUCUAUUCGGCCAUACGCAGAUGAGCAGCAACAGCAUGCGCAGCAUCAGCAGCAGCAGCCGGAGAGUGGUCACACAGAUGUGGCUACCACAGCUGCCGAUUAUCAGCCAUCUCAUGAGGCCGCCGAGCCCAUGAGCAUUACACAGCCGCCCUACAACUACCACGCCCACGGCCUGAAGAUGUCGCGCCAACAGCGCCAAGGCAAGCGGGCAGCCAAGUCAGACUCCACUCCCGAGCACCAGCUGCAGCAGAUACGUGAAUACGUGCGAGAGAAGCUGGGCGCCGAGAUGGGCUCGGCGGUGGAGUACAAGACGACGCAGCUGCUAGAGGGUUAACUGAAUUCCGCUGAAUUCUGCAGCUAUUUGUUAAUAUUAUUGUAUAAAAAUCAUCGCUCUCUUUUGUUUGUUGUUGUCGAAAGUAAACUAUCAUUAGUAUUUAUUUUGUGUGCUCGGCAUCAGGUUGAACAACCAGCCGUGCAAUUGGUUCAGCUGCAAUGGAGACUGAGAAAAGCAGCUCCUUGUCUGAUCUUCAUCAAAUUCGAGUUCAUCUUCUCUUACAUUUACACGCGCCUUCAUGCCUUCAUGCCUUCAUGCCAGUUGUUUUAUUAUUGUAAACCCAUUUAAUUAAUUGUUUUCUUAUUCCCUCCCUCUUUUCUGUAUUUUGUGCUAAC